UUGCGGCGGCCAGGCCCGCAGCUUCCCGCGUCCCGUACAGUAUUUCUGCCAUCUUUGUUUGCAUCGCAGUGAGUCAUCAAAAGUCUGUCCUGUACCGACACCCCGAGCCCAGCCGGGGCCGCGCCGCGCAUUCCGCUGGCACCAACACGCCCGCUGUUUGUAAAGCCGGGCUGGGAGCUGGCAGCGCCUUGGGCUCCCGAAUCAAAGGCGGUUAUUCAUCCCUGCGCGGGCGCUGCCUGAAUGUCCGUCUGCAUCCGGACUCUUCAUUUAGAUGCUCAGCACCAGGGCCUGGGAGGGAGCGGGAGGGAGAGCCAGAGCGUGCGGGGCUGCCUGCAGCUGAGCCUCUACCGAGCCUCUGCCCCCACUCCUUCUCCUCUUCCUCCUCCUCCUCCUCCCCCUCCUUCUCCUCCUCCUCCUCCUGCCCCUAUCUCCUUCUCCUCCUGCGCCCUCCCCACCCCAAAGGCUCCCACUCCGUUUGCUGCAUUCUCGGAGCAGCUGCGGGCGGCCAGUGCUGGAUUGCGGGGCGGGCACGCGGGCUGGCGAGCCCCUGCCAGGUGGAGGGACCCGGGCCGGGCCGGGCUGGGGCCACAGGAGGCAGCAGCUGAAGAUGUGCCCCGUGAGGGCAGUGCCGGCCUGAACCUGGGAAGCCAUCGCUGCAUCGCCAUGUCCCAGGUGCUCCACAUCGAGAUUCCCAACUUUGGGAGCACCGUGCUGGGCUGCCUGAACGAGCAGCGGCUGCUGGGCCUAUACUGCGAUGUGUCCAUUGUGGUCAAGGGCCAGGCCUUCAAGGCGCACCGGGCCGUGCUGGCCGCCAGCAGCCUGUACUUCCGGGACCUCUUCAGUGGCAACAGCAAGUCUGCCUUCGAGCUGCCGGGCUCAGUGCCGCCCGCCUGCUUCCAGCAGAUCCUGUCCUUCUGCUACACAGGACGGCUGACCAUGGCAGCCAGCGAGCAGCUGGUGGUCAUGUACACAGCUGGUUUCCUGCAGAUCCAGCACAUCGUGGAACGUGGUACGGACCUCAUGUUCAAGGUGAGCUCCCCACACUGCGACUCGCAGACAGCCAUGAUCGACGACGCUAGCUCCGAGCCACAGAGCCCCAGUAACCAGCUGCAGCCAGCCACCGCUGCGCCCUAUGUGGUGUCCCCAUCGGUGCCCAUCCCACUGCUGACACGGGUCAAGCACGAAGCUGUGGAGCUGCCGCCAGCCGCCGCCAUUGCCGCUGCUGGCCCAGGCCUGGUGGCCAAGAGGCCACUGGAGACAGGGCCCCGGGAUGGCCCUGUAGUGGCAGCAGCCAGUACGGCGCCUCUCAAGCUGCCCCGUGUGUCCUAUUAUGGGGUGCCCAGCCUGGCUGCCCUCAUCCCCGGCACCCAGCAGGUGCCCUAUGCUGCAGGCGAGAGGGCCAGUCCUGGGGCCAGCAGUCUGCCCACCACCGACAGCCCCACGUCCUACCACAACGAGGAGGAAGAGGAGGACGAUGAGGCAUAUGACACGAUGGUGGAGGAGCAGUACGGCCAGAUGUACAUCAAGGCCACCGGCGGCUAUGCAGUGCCCGAGAAGCCGGAGCCAGCACCGCUGGAGAGUCGUUCCUGCGUGCUCAUCCGCCGUGACCUGGUGGCACUGCCUGCCAGCCUCAUCAGCCAGAUAGGCUACCGCUGCCACCCUAAGCUCUACUCUGAGGGGGACCCUGGGGAGAAGCUGGAGCUCGUGGCAGGCUCUGGCGUCUAUAUCACUCGGGGGCAGCUCAUGAACUGUCACCUCUGUGCGGGCGUCAAACACAAGGUGCUGUUGAGGCGGCUACUGGCCACCUUCUUUGACAGAAACACCCUCGCCAACAGCUGUGGCACCGGCAUCCGCUCGUCCACCAGCGACCCGAGCCGCAAGCCCCUGGACAGCCGUGUCCUGAACGCUGUGAAACUUUACUGUCAGAACUUCGCCCCGAGCUUCAAGGAGAGUGAGAUGAAUGUGAUUGCGGCCGACAUGUGCACUAACGCCCGACGCGUCCGCAAGCGCUGGCUGCCCAAGAUCAAGUCCAUGCUGCCUGAGGGCGUGGAGAUGUACCGCUCUGUCAUGGGCCCCGCAGCCGCCGGCGUGUCCCUGGAUGCCGACUUCGGGCCUGCCCUGGAGCAGCGGCUGUUCGAACGCCGGCCCGACGCGGCUGCCCUAUCAGCGCUGAGAACUGAGGCUGCCAGCGUGGAGUUGAGCGUGGCCAACCCGGCCUUCGAAGCCAGCGAGGAGGCCGUGGGCGAGGGUGCGGGCACACAGGAGGCGGCCGCCCCUGAGCCACUGCCGGCUGACAGCCAGAGCCCCCCGCGGCCCUUCGACCAGGCAAGCGGCAGUUCCAGCCGGCCCCAGACGCCGGCGGCCCCCCGGAGACAGGAGGGCGCGUACUCGGGGACCUUGUAGAGGCAGCCGGGCCAGGGCUGGGCCAGGGCCAGCCAUACUAAGCUGCUUGCAUGCCGUACUAAUACAAUGUGACCAGCCCUAACGCCGGGGCUGCUACUGUUGCCUGAACAAAAUGUGAUUCUGAUCCUGCUUGUAUCCACCCCGAGGAGAUGCAUCGUUAUGCUGGCCGGCGGCCGGGCCUCAGGCAGGAGCCCCAGGCUCCUUUCUCAUGCUGAGGUCGCCUAAGUCUGUCCCCUACCCCCAGGAGGGACCCAGGCUGCCCUCCACCCACCCCAGCUCUUACCCUUGCUGCUUCUGUGUCCCGGACAAACAAAGCCGGGGGCCUGGCUGGCCGCAUCUCCUGAACCCCACCCACCCUGGGAGCGACUCCUUGUUUCCCUGUGACUUGGGGUUAGGCUUUCCAGGUCCACUGUGUGAAGGAGCUGGGGGGUGUGUGGGGUGCACCCAUGAGGAUCCUGUGAAGUGCGCGCACAUGGGUGGCGGAGUGCUUGUCUGCCUGUGUGCGUAGGUUGUUUUGUGCAGCACAUGUGAG